GGCUAAACAAACGAGUUGGGCGGUCGAAGUUGGGACAAAUUCUGGAAUAUAUUGUCUUGGUUCGGCAUUUACACAAUUCAAACAGCGAUUGUUGUAUACGAUCAUUUAAAACAGGUUGAUGAGAACGAACAUAUAUCUCUAUGUUGUAUAGAGUUAAAUUUACAACUUUACUCAUCCAGCCUGUGGAGACGAGAAAAUCAAGUCAGCUUGAAAUUCUGAAAGGGGACACUCCAUCUAUUGGGAAAUUCGGUAAAAGAAGAUGAUUUUUGCUAAUACUGGCAACCCUUUGAGGAAUACGCAUCGUAAUAAACAGCCUCCUGUGGCCCCCUCCUCGCACCCCAUGGCUCCCCCCAGCCCCAGCACCAACAGCACCAACAACAGCAGCAGCAACAGCAGCAGCGCCGGCUGGGAGCAGCUCAGCAAGACCAACCUGUACAUCCGGGGGCUGCCCCCCAACACCACUGACGAGGACCUGGUCAAGCUCUGCCGGCCGUACGGCAAAAUCGUAUCAACAAAGGCCAUCCUGGACAAGACGACAAACAAAUGCAAAGGCUAUGGCUUUGUGGACUUCGACAGCCCAGCUGCCGCUCAGAAAGCCGUCACCGCUCUGAAGACCACUGGGGUCCAGGCCCAGAUGGCUAAGCAACAAGAGCAGGACCCGACCAAUCUGUACAUUUCCAACCUGCCGCUGUCCAUGGACGAGCAGGAGCUGGAGAACAUGCUGAAGCCCUUCGGCCAGGUCAUCUCCACGCGGAUACUCCGCGACUCCAACGGCGCCAGCCGCGGCGUGGGAUUCGCCAGGAUGGAGUCGACAGAGAAGUGCGACGCCGUGAUUAAUCACUUCAACGGGAAGUUUAUUAAAACGCCACCCGGUGUUCUGGCCCCCUCUGAGCCCUUGCUGUGCAAGUUUGCUGAUGGUGGGCAGAAAAAGAGGCAGAGCCAAAACAAAUAUGUCCAGAACGGCCGUGCGUGGGCACGAGAUGGCGAGGCCCGACUCGCUGGAAUGACUCUGACAUACGAUCCCACCACAGCUGCUAUGCAAAAUGGAUUCUACCCCCCUCCAUACAGCAUUGCGAACAGGAUGAUUGCCCAGACUGCCAUGUCUCCAUACAUCUCACCCGUGUCCACGUACCAGGUACAGAAUCCUUCCUGGGUGGCCCAUCAGCCCUACAUCAUGCAGCACCCGGGAGCGGUGAUAUCGCCCUCUAUGGACCAUUCUAUGUCACUGCAGCCCUCCUCCAUGAUGAGCCCCCUCACGCAGCAGAUGAGUCACCUCUCUCUGGGCAACACGGGAACGUUCAUGCCUGCUAACACCGCUAUGCAAGGAGCCUACAUCCCCCAGUAUGCGCACAUGGCAACCACAGCAGUCUCAGUAGAGGAAAACAGUCCACAACAACAGGUGGAGUCAUCUGGGGACCAUUCCCCAUACACUUAUCAACAAAACAAGUGAUGAUGAGAUAUGACUGCGGAUCCCAGGGGAGCGGGGUGACGGCUAAAACAAUCAUAGCUUCCUGUGAUGAACUCUGGACACAUCACCCUUUUUGCACAGGUUCAACAGUGACUCGCUUCUUUUUGUCAAACGAAACAGCCGCAACUAUUUUCACGAGUGAAAACUGUGUAUGAUUUGAAAUUCAUCAAAGGAUGCUAAUUCUGAAAAAUCUUAGGAGGAAAAAAAAGGAAAAAAAAAAUAUUUUAGUAAAGAAAGAACGUUUAUUUUUUACCAUGAAUUGUCACAUGAAUGCAAGGACUUCGAUUGGCAUGUGACUCAAUGUUUAAGAUGCAUGCGAAUAACCUUAUCUGUUGUUCAUAAUUUUUUCUAUGACUUUAAUUUUGUUCUUUCUUUUUUUUCUUUUUGUACUGAAAUAGAUUUAUGUGUGUGCGUGUGUGUUGGGAAGUGUUUUUAGCCAGACAUCCUGAAAAAAAGAUGUUUUGUGCUUGCUGUGUGAGUGUUGCUAUGGUGAAGUGUUACGUGUUUUUGCUUGUAAAAUGUUAUGUCUAGUUUUGGAAUUUGUUUUGUUUUGUUUUGUUUUUUUUGUCUUAUCAUACAAUUUGCCUUAAGAUUUUCCACACUAUAGCUGUACAGGCAACCUCUGACGCUAGGGGAGCACAGAAGAAAGCAGCUUUAAACGCUCUUGCCUUGUAGAUCAGCUGGAUAGGGCUUGUCUUAGGAUUUAGCUGAGCAAAGUCGCUGUGGUUUUGUCGUAAUUUUGCUUUCUCUCCCUGAUCUGUGUAGUGCUUUUUUUCUUAGAUUUUGAAAAUGUUUCUGAGUGCUAUGACUUCCAGGAUGUGAUGAUUUGUGUGUUUGUUGGUUUGUGUUUUUUUUAAUAGGAUGUAAUGUUAAUAUAAUCAGAGGACCUUCGGGUGCUUUGGUUGUUUGAAUGUGGUAGAAAUUCUGCUGAAUGAUCACAUUUGAAUCUUGCCUUUUCUAGAUUACUUGGUGUUGUAGAUUUAGCUUUGACUUUAACAUGUUGGGGUAGGGAUAAGGGUUAAUUUUGGUUUGGAGUCUUUUUGAGGGGAAUCAUCCUCUGUCGUUGGGCAGAAUGUUUUUUUCUUGUUGUUUUCCUUUAAGCAUUUUCAGUUGAAAUGCAAAACAAACUUGGUUGUGUGGUUGUGUAACAAAGCCUUCCAUCGCACCCUCUGCAAAUUGUUCAGUGGAGUUAAAGCUGAGAGAUGAAUAUGUAGAUUUUAGAGCAUCUAAGUUUCUUAAAUAGGAAGCUAAAAAAAAAACUUGGCACUUUCAACCGAAGUUUACUUCACCAAAGACAGUGAACUAGUAAAUAAUGGCAAAACCGUAAGAUUGGAUUCUUGUUCAUUUUUCUUCUUGUGAAAACAGGAUGUCGUACACUUUUUACUGGACUAGGUCGCAGUUUGGAGAACGUGCCUUUUUUCUACAUUUGCAUUCAGUUGUCUGUAGUUGUUCAAGAAUGGACAUGAAAACGCAUGACCGUAGGUUUGGAUCCAACAAGUGCCACGUUGAUUUCAUCACUACAGACACAAACAAAUGUAAUGAUAACAGUAAAGGAAUAAUGGCAACCAACACAGGAGAGAAGACAGUUUGAAACUAUGAAAUAAAGAGCAAAAUGAUGAAUUUGCAUUGAUACAAAAAAAGUAGUCUAUUCUAUUCAGGCAUGAUAGCAACUAAACAACAGCAACUAAAAAAGGCUUUUAAAAUUAAGUUUGUCUACCAAAAGACUGUGUUUUUUCCUCUUUUUUUUAACCUGGUGGUCGGACUGACCAGUUAUCUACCUCAGAGUUUCUUUUCCUCCUCUGUUUUGCCGGCCGGGUUAGCAGGUCCUGCCCGGUCCACCAGACCAAACGGCACGCUCAGGAGCUGGCCCAGACACAGCUGUUUCCUUUCAGGUUAUUUUUUAAAUUUUUAAUUUUUGAAUUUCUCUAUCUCUUUCUUCAAAGAUUUAAAAAAAGAAAACAUUUUUAAUGACAUAUUAUUAUCAUUAUGAGGAACAUUGUGCGUUGAACGUGUUUUUUUCUUUCUUUCUUUCUUUCUUUUUUUUAAAGUUUGUGUCUAGAGUCUAGACAUUCAGUUUCAUAGUUUCAAAAAUUAGAAUGAGGAAGAGGAGAAACAUACUGCUGCUUAAACCAUGAGAGACAUAUAUCUAUCCCAGUAGCUGAUGAAGUCCAGAAAAGAGAUUCAAAUGCCAGGAGCUAUGAGAGUUGUUGUGGUAUUGACUGCAUGCACUCCUUUACCAUCCGCGUUGCUUUGUCCAAGUCCUCCGAGACUCGCAGCAGCAUUUUCCUCUGUGGUUGGCUCGAAUUCCAGCUUCCAAAAGCAGAGGAGAACGCCACCGUGACUAUACUUGAGAUUUCUGUGUAUUGCCUGUGACUGAAAACAAGAAAACAAAACAAAAACAAAGUGACGCCGUUUGAGUUCUUGCAAGGGUUGUGCUGCUAGUAACACCUGAACCAAGUGCCAUACUGCUCCUGGGAGAGAGGCAUAAGUUGGAUAAACAAAAGCAUAUAUACAAGGAAGAGAAAUGCUCAUUAAAUUAAUCCAUCAUGUUCUAGACAGCCAUUAAGUUAUAAGAGAAAAAAGUAAUAAUUUAUGAAGCAAGACGUUUUGUACAGACUGUUUGAAGAAAUAAAAAGAUUUUCAUAGAGAUAUCUAUAUGAGAGUUAAUUUUUUAUUUUUUGUUUUACAUGUGCCACACACUUGCCAGUGGUAACUUGUAUGUCCGGUUAAAGAAAAGAAAACUUCCUCUUUACUUUUGUUUUGUAGUUUGUUAAAGCCAAAAAAAGACUUUUUCCAGUAGAUUGUUACUUAAGCUUUAUUUCUGUUCGAUUCUUUGAAAACCUUUGAAUAAAAACUUCGAUUGAAUGUGUGACGUGUU